AUGAAAGCCAGUGUCUCAGGAACAGCCCUCCGGCCCUCGACUUACAAUAUCUAUUCACGUCUGUACACCUUCUCAAAUAUUCUCCCCGUGAAAAGUGUUCCCCUUAGCCAACAUUUGCAGUGUCGCAACAAUGGCGUCAUCGAAGCAUUACAAGGUAGUCCCACCUGGCCCACGCCCCCUACCCCGGGGAGAUGUCUGGCUGACCCAACCUCACCCCGGCCCCCCGGCUUGCAGGGGACAAGGUCAACUCGGGCCGAGCGUGGGUCUGCUGUUUUGACGGUGAUUCUGUCCCCCUCAGACGCUAAUCACAGUCUGCCUCGGCUCCACACACACGACAUAAUAGCAAGCACCAACACCACUGACCACAUCACAAACACCACUGACCACAUCACCCACACUACUGACCACAUCACCAACACUACUGACCACAUCAACACUACUGACCACAUCACAAACACCACUGACCAUAUCAACCACACUACUGACCACAUUACCAACACUACUGACCACAUCACCAACACUACUGACCACAUCACAAACACCACUGACCACAUCAACCACACUACUGACCACAUCACCCACACCACUGACCACAUCACCAACACUACUGACCACAUCACCGACACCACUGACCACAUCACAAACACUCCUGACAACAUCAACACUACUGACCACAUCACCAUCACUACUGACCACAUCACAAACACCACUGACCACAUCACCAACACUACUGACCACAUCACCCACACCACUGACCACAUCAACCACACUACUGACCACAUCACCGACACCACUGACCACAUCACCAACACUACUGACAACAUCAAAACUACUGACCACAUUACCAACACUGCUGACAACAUCACCCACAUAACUGACCACAUCACCAACACUACUGACAACAUCACCAACACCACUGACUACAUCAACACUACUGACCACAUCAGCCACACUACUGACCACAUCACCAACACCACUGACCACAUCACCAACACUUCUGACAACAUCAAAACUACUGACCACAUUACCAACACUGCUGACAACAUCACCCACACUACUGACCACAUCACCAACACUACUGACAACAUCACCAACACCACUGACUACAUCAACACUACUGACCACAUCAGCCACACUACUGACCACAUCACCAACACUACUGACCACAUCACAAACACCACUGACCACAUCAACCACACUACUGACCACAUCACCCACACCACUGACUACAUCACCAACACUACUGACCACAUCACAAACACCACUGACCACAUCACCAACACUGCUGACAACAUCACCCACACUACUGACUACAUCACCAACACUACUGACCACAUCACAAACACCACUGACCACAUCAACCACACUACUGACCACAUCACCGACACCACUGACCACAUCACCAACACUACUGACCACAUCAAAACUACUGACCACAUUACUAACACUGCUGACAACAUCACCCACACUAAUGACCACAUCACCAACACUACUGACAACAUCACCAACACCACUGACUACAUCAACACUACUGACCACAUCAGCCACACUACUGACCACAUCACCAACACUACUGACCGCAUCACCAUCACCACUGACCACAUCAUCAACACCACUCACCACAUCAAAAAAACCACUGACCACAUCACCAACACCACUGACCACAUCACAAACACCACUGACCACAUCAACCACACUACUGACCACAUCACCAACACUCCUGACAACAUCAAUGCUACUGACCAAAUCACCAACACCACUGACCACAUCACAAACACCACUGACCACAUCACCCACACUACUGACCACAUCACCCACACUACUGACCACAUCACCAACACAACUGACCACAUCACCAACACUACUGACCACAUCACCCACACUACUGACCACAUCACCGACACCACUACGGACCACAUCACCAACACCACUGACCACAUCACCAACACUACUGAUCACGUCACCAACGCCACUGACCUCAUCACCAACACAACUGACCACAUCACCAACACCACUGACCACAUAACCAACACCACUGACCACAUCACCAACACUCCUGACAACAUCAACGCUACUGACCAAAUCACCAACACCACUGACCACAUCACAAACACCACUGACCACAUCACCAACAUCACUGACCACAUCAACACCACUGACCACAUCACUUCUCCAGACCACAUCAAAACUACUGAUCACAUCACCAACACCACUGACCACAUCACCAACACCACUGACCACAUAACCAACACCACUAACCACAUCAACACCACUGACCACAUCACCAACAUCACUGACCACAUUAACACCACUGACCACAUCACUUCUCCAGACCACAUCAAAACUACUGACCACAUCACCAACACUACUGACCACAUCACAAACACCACUGACCACAUCACCAGAACCACUGACCACAUAACCAACACAACUGACCACAUCACCAACACCACUGACCACAUCACCAACACCACUGACCACAUCACC